UCAGCUUCACUCAGAGACUAAAUGGCUUCCAGAUUAGAGGACGAUCUCUGCUGUUCUGUCUGCCGCGACAUCUUUAAAGAUCCUGUCAUCCUGUCAUGCAGCCACAGCUUCUGUAAAGACUGUCUGCAGAGCUGGUGGACGGGGAAACAAACCAGAGAGUGUCCGCUCUGUAAGAGAAGAUCUUCGAGGAGUGAACCACCUUGUAACCUGGUGUUAAAGAAUCUUUGUGAGAGUUUCUUACAGGGGAGAGAUCAGAGAACUUCAGAGCCUCUCUGCAGUCUGCACUCUGAGAAACUCAAACUCUUCUGUCUGGACCAUCAGCAGCCAGUGUGUCUCGUCUGCAGAGACUCAGAAGAACACACCAACCACACAUUCAGAUCCAUCAAUGAAGCUGCACAACAACGCAAGAAGGAACUUCAGGAAACUCUGGAGCCUUUAAAGAAGAAGUUAAAGGUUUUUAAAGGAGUUAAAGUGAAGUUUGAUCAAACAGCAGAACACAUUCAGGUCCAGGCCCGACGCACAGAGACGCAGGUUAAGGAGCAGUUUAAGAAGCUUCACCAGUUUCUAGAAGAGGAAGAGGAGGCCAGGAUGGCUGCACUGAGGGAGGAAGAAGAGCAGAAGAGUCAGAUGAUGAAGGAGAAGAUGGAGGCUCUGAGCAGAGAGAUAGCAGCUCUUUCAGACACAGUCAGAGCCACAGAGGACGAGCUGAGAGCUGAACACGUCUCAUUCCUGCAAAACUACAGGGCUGCAGUGGAAAGAGUCCAGCAGCGCCCCCUGCUGGAGGAUCCACAGCUGCCCUCAGGAGCUCUGAUAGACCAGGCCAAACACCUGGGCAACCUGGCCUUCAACAUCUGGAACAAGAUGAAGGACAUGGUCUCCUACAGUCCUGUCAUACUGGACCCAAACACUGCUGGUCCAGAACUCAUCCUGUCUGAAGAUCUGACCAGUCUGAGACGAGGAGAGAAGCAGCAGCUUCCUGAUAAUCCAGAGAGGAUUGAUUAUUAUUCCUGCUCUGUUCUGGGCUCUGAGGGCUUUAACUCAGGGACUCACAGCUGGGAGGUCGAGGUUGGAGACAAUACAUUCUGGCAACUGGGUGUGUUAGCAGAGUCUGUCCAGAGGAGAGGAAACAUAUUGUCUGGAUUAUGGAGAAUAGAGUUCUGUGGAGAUAAAUACUUAUCACGGUCACCAUCAGAUGGGAUCACUGGUCUCGUAGUUCAGAAGAAGUCUCAGAGGAUCAGAGUGAAUCUGGACUGGAACAGAGGAAAGCUGUCGUUCUCUGAUGCUGACACCAACACACACAUACACACCUUCACACACACUUUCACUGAGAGGAUGUUUCCAUAUUUUGUGAAUGGGGAUUGGAAGAAUCAUCACCCAAUGCAGGUUUUACCAGUGAAGGUCUCUUUGGCUGCAGGAUCCCUCAAACGCGCCUUGUCCAAUCCUACCAUAGCAACUGAGGUCCACUGGCCUGCUAUAAAGGAGACAGUCCUCCCUGUCUUCUCUCUCUCUCUCUCCACCGUUCCUGCUUGGAAGCUUCUCCAGGAGGGGAUCCAGAUCCUGGAGCCACCAGCCCCCCUCCUCCCUCCCUCCCUGCUGAGAUCCUCUGCAGCUGAGAUGGCUUCCAGAUUAGAGGACGAUCUCUGCUGUUCUGUCUGCCACGACAUCUUUAAAGAUCCUGUCGUCCUGUCAUGCAGCCACAGCUUCUGUAAAGACUGUCUGCAGAGCUGGUGGAGGGAGAAAAAAAACAGAGAGUGUCCAGUUUGUAAGAAAAGACAUUCAAAGGAAUUAUUUCCUCCUAACUUGGCGUUAAAGAACCUGUGUGAGAGUUUCUUACAGGAGAGAGAUCAGAGAGCUUCAGAGCCUCUCUGCAGUCUACACUCUGAGAAACUCAAACUCUUCUGUCUGGACCAUCAGCAGCCAGUGUGUCACAUCUGCAGAGACUCAGAGAAACACACCAACCACCGAUUCAGACCCAUCGAUGAAGCUGCACAACAACACAAGAAGAAACUUCAGGAAACUCUGGAGCCUUUAAAGAAGAAGUUAAAGGUUUUUGAAGAAGUUAAAGUGAAGUUUGAUCAAACAGCAGAACACAUUCAGGUCCAGGCCCGACGCACAGAGACGCAGAUUAAGGAGCAGUUUAAGAAGCUUCACCAGUUUCUAGAAGAGGAAGAGGAGGCCAGGAUGGCUGCACUGAGGGAGGAAGAGGAGCAGAAGAGUCAGAUGAUGAAGGAGAAGAUGGAGGCUCUGAGCAGAGAGAUAGCAGCUCUUUCAGACACAGUCAGAGCCACAGAGGACGAGCUGAGAGCUGAACACGUCUCAUUCCUGCACAACUACAAGGCUGCAGUGGAAAGAGUCCAGCAGCGCCCCCUGCUUGAGGAUCCACAGCUGCCCUCAGGAGCUCUGAUAGACCAGGCCAAACACCUGGGCAACCUGGCCUUCAACAUCUGGAACAAGAUGAAGGACAUGGUCUCCUACAGUCCUGUUGUUCUGGACCCAAACACUGCUGGUACAAAACUCAUCCUGUCUGAAGAUCUGACCAGUCUGAGAGCAGGAGAGAAACAGCAGCUUCCUGAUAAUCCAGAGAGGAUUCGUUCUUAUUACUGCUCUGUUCUGGGCUCUGAAGGCUUUAACUCAGGGACUCACAGCUGGGAGGUCGAGGUUGGAGACAAUACAAACUGGGAUCUGGGUGUGUUAGCAGAGUCUGUCCAGAGGAAAGGAGACAUAGAGUCUGGAUUAUGGAGAAUAGAGUUCUUUGUGGGUAAAUAUUCAUCACGGUCACCAUCAGAUAGAGGAACUGAUCUCGUAGUGAAGAAGAAGUCUCAGAGGAUCAGAGUGAAUCUGGACUGGAACAGAGGAAAGCUGUCGUUCUCUGAUGCUGACACUAACACACACAUACACACCUUCACACACACUUUCACUGAGAGGAUGUUUCCAUUUUUUUUUAAUUGGGAUCGGAAGAAUCACCCACUGCAGGUUUUACCAGUGAAGGUCUCUGUGGCUGCAGGACAACAGAAAUAGACGAUCAGCAUCGUUCUGUUCAAGACGUCCUGAAGUCUUUGAGGAACAUGUGACUACGUUGUCCUGAUGAUGUUUGUUUCUCCGUCAGUGUGAGGAAAUGAUGUCAUGAUGAUGCAACUUCAUAUCAAAGAGCUGUCAAUCACUCUGUGACUGGCAGGCGUCUCUGUGGUUUCCUGUUUGAUUAUUGAUCAAAUCUUUAAAGUCAAAUCUCUGUAAAACUUCAUUCUCAUUGAUUGUUUAUUUCUUUUAUUGGUGUUUCAGGGUGUAAAAUACUGUCAAAUAACAGAAAACAAGUUAUUUUACAUAUAAUUUCUUUGAAAAUACAGUGAAUAAACAG